ACCCGACUACACCAGCUGUAGGGGUUAGUUUACUGUUCUUUCUUCUUAGGAGAGGAUCGUAUCUUUUUCGAAUCUACCGCAUCUUCCGGUGAACGUAGCUCAAUCUGCCACUUGAACCUUUGCAAUUACUUCUACGUGGCUGUGGAAGGACUAUUUUUUAUCGCCUGUUAAUCGUGUUCAGCAACUGCAGUCGAUACACAUCUCCGAUCGACCUAAGUGGUUUACAAAGCUCUUCGUUUUAUUAGCAAUUUUCGAUAUUGGCAAACUUACUCGAUCCGAGUGUGCUAAUCAGGAUUUUAUCAUCUGUAGCCCUACAACUGGCCGCUCAAAUACACAAUCGGCCUCUCCCAGAAAAUUGGAAUUCAUUAAUGCAGGAAGAUUCAGGAAAGAUUGAUAUUUUGUUAUUUCGAAAGAAGACUAAGCUGACAGAAGCUUAAACAGUUUGAACGCGCGAAGCAAGGAGCCGUGCGACCGCAGACGAUGUCUGGCUAACAAACUCAUGCUGAUUCCUCACAUGGAGAAGCUGAGUGGCCCAGCAUACAUCCCAAAUCCAUUGACGUCUCCUGCCCUUAUGGUACUAGCAUCAACUGCUGAGGCUGCACGUUCCACUGCUUCUUCUCCUGGACCAAUGAGCGACUACCAUGCAAUAUACUCAUCGCCAUCAAACCGCUAUAUUGAUGGCGAAGCUGUGCACAGAAUGGUGUUGAAUUCAACCCACUACCAGCAUCGAUCCUCUCAUCUUGCUCUCUACCCUGGCUCAGAGCAUUACACUGAAAGAAUGCCUCACGAAUAUGGACCACAUUUUAUUCAAAUGCAUCACCACUUAGGUGGAGGGCUUCUCCACAAAACAAGUGGACCCACUGCUGUAUUCAAUGGCACUGGUGCAUUCCGCAGGGUUGUGCCACCUGAACAUGCCUUCCCUUUUCAUCAUUUGCAACAUCCACGAAACUUGCUGGAACGAGAACACCAUGUCGAUAGCUUGUACAAAAACUCUGAACUAGAUAAAGAAACAAACUUAGAAAGGGGUUUGAAGGACAGGAUUUCUCCAAGAAAACCUGAUAAGGAUGGUGAAACACGACUGAUUGGAGAUCAAACAAAAAGCCCCAGCCCAAUGAGAAGGGCCAGCUCGCAUGAUGAGACUGAUAACAGUAAUAUUGAGACUGUAAACAUCAAGAGGGAACAUGCGGAUCAGAUUGAGUGCUGUAAAGGUAGUGAAGCUGAAGAUGAUGACAGCAAUGGGGAAAUGCAAUCUAAAGGCAAACAGAGGUCAUCUUCAAGUCAAGCACCAUGUUGUCCUGUCUGUGGCACCAGCAUCAGACCAGGUGAAAUGGAAAGUCACUUUGCUUGGGAAAUGGAGAGAUUCUGUGAAGAAAACAGGAAACCGAGAAGAAGUCAAAGAGAAUCUGCUUUACAAGCAAGGAAGAAUGGGGAAACUUUCCAAAAGAAAGUUAAGCAAGAGGGUAAACGUGAUCUCCACCAUCGACAUGAUGACACACCAGCCAGCACGAGACAACAGACAUAUUUGCGAGUGUGUGCAAACAGAAUGGCAAGAAGUGGCCGCUCAAAUUCUCUCAAACCUACAAGGUCCAGAAGUUCUCAAAGCUCCCCAGUGAACUCACCUCUAGCUGGAGAGGAAGGACCCUCAGGAAUCAAGACCACCACGUGUCCUGUGUGUGAAGAAGUCAUCCAUGGGAAUGGAGAUGAGUUAAAUUCUCAUGUAGAAGCUUGCUUAAGAAAGAAGGAAGGCAGGGCUGUUGAUGAAAUUGAUGACGCCAAUGGUCAGGAUGUUUUCGAAGAAUAUGAGUGGGCUGGACAAACAAGAAUACGAGCUACAACUCUGUUGGAAGGUGGCUUUAGAGCUUCAGGCUUUCAAACAGGUAUUAAACGAAAAAGGGAAGAGGAGGAUGAUGGAGACCUUGACAUAGACGGAGAUGAUUCCGAAGAGUAUGGCAAACCUCAGUACACAGAAGCAGAUGUAAUUCCUUGUGGUGCUGAUGAACCUGAUGAAGAUAAUGUCAGACAGGCUCUUAGGGGAGCAGUGAUCAGUGGUGAAAAUUCUCCUGUUGAGAAAAAAAGUCCAAUGAGAGAACUGCCCUCUGAGGGUCAAACAGAGGAUAAUUCCAUGCAAACAAAAGCUGACAAACAUAGUGAAGAAAAGGAUCAUGAGACAGGUAACCCAGACCUGGUUAUCAGUUCUCUAAAGGUUCGCAUAAAGGAAAUGGAAAUGAAGAAAUUUGAGAAAAUGAAGUGUUUGAUAUGCAUGGAACCCUACACAAAUCCCUUGGCUUCGAUAUCUUGUUGGCAUGUUCACUGUGAGGAGUGCUGGCUCAGAACACUGGGUGCUAAGAAGUUGUGUCCGCAGUGCAACAUGAUUACAUCGCCAUCUGACCUUAGGAGAAUUUACUUAUAAUAUGAUCACUGGAUUGUAGUGAAUGCCUUGCGAUGUGUGUCAUGCUUUCUGGAAUGUAUUCAAAACUGAAAUGAAGUGAAGUUGAAGUGCUACUGGGAACAUACCAAGAAAUGGCGAAACAGUGAACAGUUUGUACAUUUUUUGAAAUCCCAAAAUUUGAAAGUAACGAAAUGGUGUAUUGCGUGACCAGUUCGUGACUAGCGUGACUUUCGUAGAGGUUUGCAAGCUAAGAAAUGCUCAACCUCUUCUUCUCCCAUAAGUAAAUAGACAGAAUUUUUCCUUACAAUGUCUAUAAUAUCAAGCAGACAAUUGAUGAGAAUGAAAAAAAUAUCAAUUAAAGGAUUAAUAGUUGAUCCAAUAAUGAAUUCUCCCAAAAUACGUAAGAAUUAUGUGGCAGACUCUUAAGGAUUUACUGAUGAAAUUUUGGGAGUGAAAGAGUUAUGCAGUCCCAUUCACAAACAAAUGGUUACCCGGUUAAUUUAUACCUGGUUAAUUUAUAAACAAAGUUGUCGAAAGCAAAGUAGAACUCCCUAACGAGGAACAAAAUUACUUUAGUUAUCUACAAGUCUCCUAACUUUUGAUCUGCUUUGAUUCAAGUAUUUCUUUGGGAUGAAAUUUGUCAAACCACUUUAAUAUUUUACAAUUAUUGUAGUCUGAAAGAAAACUAUGAAGAAUUUGGAACCAAACGUAACUGAAUAAAAUUUCCUUCAAAAAGAUUUCUUUCCAAAAGAACAGAUCCGGUACGAGAUGAAAGCACAUAUCAUGUAGCUAAUUUAAAGUUUACGUGAAGAUAUGGCUCACAACGUCCACCAAUUCAGAAUUGACUGACUAUUGUGGUCAUUCCUCGUUACAGCUUCCCGUUUCGUGACAUCCAUUCCCGUUGCGUGACAUGGCUAAUAGUAGGUUUUAGAGUUUAACCGCGCAAAAUUUAUGAGCAAAAUUAUGCGGAUCUUAGCGCCUUAGUGUUUUCAGCUCAAUCGAUAAAUUAAUUUUUGUUUUAGUAACCCGAAUUUCAGUAUACACAUUCUGUAUAGUUGAAUUUAUUGGUGAAAGAAAGAGUUGUUUCUAAGUCUCACAAGAUUUGUAUAAUGAUGUAAAUGAAACGAGUUAAAUGUAAUUUAAUGUAUUUAAAAGAGUGCAUCGAAUAUUGAUAAUGAUAUUUAAAGAACUAAAAUUGUCAGAAAUAAGAGUUGCAUUAAAUUUUUUUGCAAGAUUUUUAUAAUUUGCAUUUAGAAGAAGUUUGGCGAGACAAUCACUUAAAAGCUUCUGGAAAGUACAGGAGACGAUAGGUAAAUAUUAAAGUAUUGUCUUGAAGUUAAGCGAAUUAAAAAUUUGCACCAUA